CCAACAACCCUGAAAAGUUGGUUUUCGCUGCUGAUCCGAAUUGGAUGAGUAUGACCCUCAAGUAAAAAUGCUCAAUCCCUCAUCGAAUAUCACCCGUCACAAUCACCCCAUCGGAAAAUUCAAAUCCCGCGCAUGCGCCUCCAUUUAUACCACCCCCCAGCGCGUUCGCCCCCUUUUUAUCGCCUGCUGCUAUACUGCCACACAUCGCGGCGAAAGCGAAACCCGAAACGCAGCAGCACGCAGGCAGUGUCAUCAUCCCAUUAGUUCACUUCCAUCCCGAGUUCCGAACGAAAAACAACUCCCGUGUGUGUUCCGUGGUCCGUAGAAGAAAAAUUUUCGCGACGACGCCAAUUCCGUCUGAUGGAGCUAAAAAAAUAAGAAUAUUCCACCCUGUCCCGAUUGGCGACAUCUUGUGUGCGGUUUCGGAUUACGAUUUCGCGUCCGGGAAGUCUACUUUUGGGGGGUUUUUCUCCGUGCCGUUUUCGCGAGCUGUGCGUGCGACACAAAGUGUUCAAUAAUGGAGUGGUCCACCACCACCAGUAGUGGUGCACAGUCAGGGGAUUAGUGCCAGAAGAAUGAAAAAGAAUGAUGUUUCGCCCUUCCUGGUUGGGGUGAAUUCCUCGUGGUGGGGUUCGUGGGGUGAAGUGACGGUGCAAAUUGAGUGCAUGGUGCAAAUCUACAGCAUACCAUACAAUGUUUCCGUGAAGAGGAAGCUAGCGCUACCGUGAGAGGAAGAAGAAGGAAUUACCUUACUCCGUGAUUUCGGAAGGACGAACAAGCAGAAGAAGAAGACGAAGAAGAACAGGAAGAAGAACGAUGAUUUCGAGCAGGGGCCACCCCUCGACGACCGCCGGUGGAGGCCUGCUACUGCUGAUGUUCUACGGAAUUGCGGCCCUGUCCGAUCUAAAACCUUAACACAAACAGACGUCAUUCUCCCCCAAUAAAUAAUGGGGGACGAAAUCGCGAAUCAAUGAGCUCAAUGUCGCCGUCUGUCAUGGGAGGGGUUGACAUGUGAAAACCUAAUCCCGCGGGUUUCCCCCCACGAGGGAAAAUUGUACAAAGGACAAUAAAGUGCUUUAGACUACUGGGAGAGACGAAGGAAGAGGGGUUACCUAUCAGCUCUCGCCAACAGCAAGGAUAAUCGAAUGGCGACGAGUUUCGCAGUGUGUCGCCGUUCAGAAUUCAGUGGUUCAGUGGUGACGCGCGGUGGUGCCGAAGAGACGGACGAGUCGAACCUUGGGCUAUGAAGUCACAGUCAGAACAAACCGUCACAAUCAGUAGUGUGUGGUGUGGUGGCCGCCAUCCGUCGCCGUCGUGUGUGUGUCUGUGUGAAAGUGUGACCCCAACUUCGGGACAACGAGAAACAUGUGAACCGUUCGUUGCAUAAAGUCACACUAUAAAUGGAGAACAACGAAACAAAAAAAAAACGCAAGCAAAGGAAAAACGCUACGGAAGUAAUGGUUAAAUAGCGGAAGCGACCGAAUAAAGGAUCCAAGGACGCGAUUCGGCGAUGUGCUGUGUAUGUGUAUUAGCCUGGUACACGGUUUAUAUGGGAAAAUAUAAAAAAUGGAAAAACUCCAACUCCUGUAUACUUUUUGAGUUCCAUUUUGGUCCCAUAUCGACUGUGCAAAAUUUCAGGUCGAUCGCAGAAACUAUAUUUUAGCGCCCGCCAUUCUUAGUUUUUCAUACGAUUUACUAUGGGGGAAAUUUACUUCUUCAAAGAAAAAUCGCUUGAGGUCACCCAUUGAUCCCUAAAAACAAAUCGUUGAAUGAUUUCUGUAGAUAACUUCACGAGGAAUCAGACCUCCGAAGACCGCAAAGCGAUGCGACAUUCGUGGAAAAAGUUAUUAAGCCUUACCCGAUCGAUAAAAUGACGAGAUUUUAUUAUUUAUUGUUAUUCCUUACAUGUUAAACAGCGUUGGCAUGCCAUUCGGUUUUCAGUCAAUAACUUUUUCCACAUACCUUAGAUUGCUUUACGGUCUUCAGGGCGUUUGUUCCUCGUAAAAUUUCCAACAGAAAUCAUUCAUCGAUAUAUUUUUAGGGGUUAAGGGGCAACCUGUGGCGAUUUUUCUUUGAAAAAGCGAUUUUCCCCAUAGUAAAUCGUAUGAAAACUUAAAACGGCUGGCGCUAAAAUAUACUUUCUCCGAUCGAGCUGAAAUUUUGCACAGUUGAUAUGGUGCCAAAAUGGAACUCAAAAAGUGUACAGGAGUAAAAUGUUUUUUCGUGUCCCACGCUAAUGUGUAUAAUAGAAGAGAGCGAAGAAAAAGUUCGCGAUCUAGAGCUGCAGAUUAAAACAAAUCGCACAACAACAGCAGAGAGCAGGCAAAAAGAGUUCAGGAAAAAGUUUAGCUUUGUUCUCCGGCGGCGGAACAUCGAAAAGCGGUCAAAAUUAAUCAGCAAAUGCACAGAAAAGAUUCAGUCGUGGCUGCCCGGUUCUGCGAAGGCGGCCAUCGCUGCCUGCCGCCGAAGGAAUGCUGCGCUCAGGGCUGCUGCUACCUGUAUGCUCCUCCGAGCGCACCGAGGACGCCAACGCCCGCCACGGACCACGUACUGAAUCUGUUCCUGUUCAACCAUUGGUACUUCUGGUGCUUCGUGUUGGCCAUCGUGCUGGCCCUGCUGUGCGCCUGUUCCCUGUGGAAGAAACGCCGCCAGCUGUGCGGCUGGGGUUCGCCGGGGCACCACUCGCAGUCGGAGGGUGACUCGGCGGGCUCGUGCUACGCCCCGCCCCAGUACAGCCGGUGCAACUCGUUCCAUAUCCAUGCACCGCCGCCUUACACGGAGGUAACCUCCAAACCGGACCUGUAUCCGCUGGUGUUCAGCUACACCGGAGACACCGGAAAGAGCGGGAACGGCGGUGGGGCCAACUACCUGAUGGUGCAGUACUUCCGGAACUACAUCGUUCGACCGGUGGGAUCACUAUCCGGGACCAGCACAGUAGACUCCCUUAGUUCUAGUUUUAUCUGUACGGCAAACGAGGCGAACACGUUGAUUCCACCGCCUUACUCCAGGGCUGCCAGUCCUGACCUGUCGAUGACGACGCGCAACUAUCUGGGAAUGCCCCGAUCUGCCUCGCAGCAAGCGUGUACCUUGGAGGGCAUGGGUUCCGGCCACAGGCCGAAUUCGGUGCCGAACUCCAACUACUACGGCGUGGUCGGAGGAUUCAUGGGUAGCCAUGGAUUGAUGCUUCGGUCAUCGGAAAGUGCCCAGUUUCACAACAACAACAACCACAGUAUUCAAGGUAGUGGUAGCGGAGAAGGUCGGAGUGCUGGCGACGCGAGUGAACAAUCCGGAAGCUCGGCGCCCAUGUCUGGAUCGCAGAGCGAUCACUACCGGUUUAGUGUACAUAACAGCACCAAUAACAACAACAGUGUAGCCAGCGACGGCUCCAACCCCAUAGGACUGAUCUAUGCGCAGCACCACGCUGCCUCAACGCUACAAUCGAGCCGUAACGGCUCCCUGGAGGGCAGCCUAGAUGCCGUGGAACAGCAAGCUUCCAGCGAACACUCCAAUACCGUAAACAACAACAACAACGGAACUGGCAACGCUGCCAGCCAAAGCACAAGUACGCAUAGAAACAGUCUGACCAACGCCAACAUCUACAGCUCGUGCGGCUCGAUCGGUGGCAUCUCCAUUACGAUCCCCGCCAACUCCGAGAGCGAAUACCAGGACCUCAACGCUCUGCGGCGAAGUCUGGAAACCUGCUGCCAAAUCCUGCAGCAGCAACAGAAGCAGGCGCAGUUCCACGCACACCACCAGCCUUCCUCCGGUUUCACGGCAAACAGCGAAGACUCUCCGAUCAACAUCGAGCUGGCGAAGAAGUUCGAAGGUCUUCGGAAUUCCUACAUCGGUUCCAACACCGGUUCGAACGUCUCCAGUCUGGCAAAUCUAGGAACUCCCGAUUCACCGCCACGGGCAACUAGCCCCACGCUCGAGGUCCGUGAACUGCUGGAGCAGAUCCGGCAACUGCAGAACAUCAGCGCUUCGAACAGCACCAGCGAAGGAAUCAUCAUCAUCAACCCGCAACUUCCGCCGACGGGAGCCGGCGUCGGCACCUCCAACAACUCCAUCAGCAAUCCGAGCAGUGCGACCACGGCUCCUCCCGCGACUUCGCACCUGAGACGGCCUUCCUCGCUGAUCAGCAAAAAGAAGUUCUUCUCCAAGGUGCCUUCGCAGGGAUCGGCCUUGGGUGCUCUGGGAAGUUCCAGCGGUCGCAAAGCCAUGUACAUUCCGAUUGCAUCGAAUCAGAACAGUACGGGACUUUCGACAGGUCACCUCCGGUCACUUCGGAGUCCUUCGGCGAUGGCCAGUGCCGCUGCGGCAGGUCUACUGGGCCGCGGACGAAACCGGUGCAGCAGCUGGAUGUCUAAGUCGGCACCGACGACCCCGGGGACGGGGCUGCCUCCGAGUGGAAGUGGUGCUGGAUCGGGCACCGGGGCUGCCAUUGGGGACCACAGUCCGUUACUGUUGAACGAACAGGACGAGGACGGCGAACAGAAUGUGUAGGAAGUGGGGUGACCGAUGUAGUGAAUGUUUUUUCGGGGACUCAAUUCCGGGAUCUUUUUUGGUGUGUGUUAUAGACGAGUAUCGUUAGGUAAUGUUUAGGCGUAAGGAUAGGGUUUGUGUUCGCUCAGGUCGCGUAGAACAAUUGUUUGGACAAUCAGUUUGUUGUGCAACAGUGGGAUUGAAAGCUGUACAGGAGUUUUUGGGUGACUUCUAUUAGUCUUACCUACGACUAUGGUAUCCUCUCUUAAGGUGUUAAACACAGGUUCGUUGGGGGAUGUAAUUCACCAUGUUCUGGAUGCACAUUGUAUGACAGCUUGAAGACUCUUCCUGUCACCGGCCUUUGAUCCACAACACGAUCAUUCACCCAAUCUGUAUCUUCUGAAUAUCUUGGCGUAGCUAUAUCUACGACUCAUCAUUACUAUUUUCGUUUGGCCUUCCACGAAAUCUCAAUACGGUAGAUAACUGAAGAUGUCCUCAAAACCCUAACAGCUUUCAAAGUCCCACAAUUUUAAGUUUUCAGCUUCAAUUUGAACGAAUACAUUGAAACAAUUGUGUCAUCAGAGAGGACAGUACGGCAAUAACCAGAAACCGAACAGUGACAGAACAACGCAUCAACAGGUAUCAACCAAUAACGACUUUUGUAAACAUAAGAAGAAAUAGUAGAAUCAAUUGUAAUUCAACACACCGACAAUUCAGUAAAUUGCAAAUUGCAUCGAUAGUAAACAGUAAGCACACAACACACCAAAAACUUAAACAAUAACAAACAAAAACAGCCUAAAAACUACUCGCAAAAACAACACGUAAACAAACACAGCGAAACUGUUGAUGUUGGCACUGCGUACACUGAACACAAGCUUUUUGUAACCGUUGUUCUGAAUCAGAAAUAUGUCAAUACAACGCAUGAAGAAAUAGAUCUUUUGUUUAUCUGACAACUAGUGUAACAAUGGCUUAACGCACACACGCGCGUGAGUUUCUCUGUCAGUUUAGUUAAGUUCACACACACACAAACAAACAAGGGGUAAACUUUAAAUGGAAAUUGCCUUUUAUCACUGACGAAAACAAAAACAGAAAACAACUUUCGAUAAAUCCGCCUGUUUUAGAUUUCAAACUGUCAAAGGAGGCACUACUUACUGUGACAAGCGCCAAAAACAAACCAUUUAUGACAGCGGAUCAACCGUCGCGUCGGUAGUCGGACGCAAGGUAUCUAUCUAGUGUGUACAGAACUUAUUCCGGAUUAAAACUUGACUCUAGUUAGCUUAAUGUUUAAGGAUCUCGUAGAAGGCGCGCUGUUUCACAUCAAAACACAUGAGAAGUUGAGAAGAAAGUUCAAUUCAAUACAUACAAGCAAGUGCGGCUUGUUUCCAUAGUUACCACACCUAUAUAGUCUUAUCGUCUUGUUUAUCGUUUUGCCGUUUGUUUUUUUUUACAGAAGUUUCUCGCUACUGGGAAGAUUGUGGAAUUAUGCUGAAGUUUUCUUUUAACGGGGCAGUACAGAAAUCAAAUCGCGCAUUUGAAAGUUCGAGACUAACAACGUAACACUUGUGAAAUUUCCAUCGACCACGCUUUUAACGAUCAUUUUAAAUUUUCAUAGUUAUGGCUUUCACAACCAGAGGCGCGCGCAUCGUUUUUCUAUGCGUUUGACGUUUCACACUAGCGCCUUCUGUUGACGAUAUUGCACAACACCCCAAGAAACAGAACUAGCUGAAUAACAGUUUCUUAAGCUAAAGUUCACUUAAGAGAGGUUUGUCCAACUCUUGUACAGCAAUAAUGUUUGUUGGGACAGUAUUUCGUGCAACUGUUCCACCACGUGAUGGUAGUUUAAACUGGGCGAUGGAUUUCGUUCAAGGUGUUACGUCUGUUUGUCUGUGCUAACAACUAGAACAAGAAUUUCAGAACUUUUUGUAUUCCAAAGCCAGUCGGGUUCUAAGUAGACUCAAAUUCAUUCAAAAACCUUCCAUGAACAAAACUUGGGCAUAGGAGAUCGUAUAACUUUGUGAGUUAGUUAACGUCCUCAAUACCCAUCCUCCAGAUUUCCAAACUUUAUGAAGUAAAUAUCGCGCCGGCCACGUCCUUACGGCUGUCGAGUAUGGGAAGGACCUUGAGAAGGGCUGUUUAUAUGCCUCAAGAGACUCAUGAGUUCACCUCUGCGCCAGCACUGCUGUCACGGGAAGGAGAUUCUGAUAGUGUUGGAUACGCAUUUUGUCUGGAGAUGCGGUUCUAAGAGUUUUAAUAUUCAAGGUCAUCCAAGAACUUUAUGCAAAAAUGUGACUUCCGACCGGUGAUGGUACGACACAAGGGUCAAUUUCUGGGUUUUUCAACACGCUAACAUCACUGUAACCAUUAAUCAAUGUUGAGUAUUGCAAGAAUGAGCUGUAGAAAUAAGUCCAAUGGUCGUGGAAUAUGACAUUGAUCUUCAAUUCCGCAUAAGUCAUAUUGAACUCCAUGUGGGAUGAAGGUCGGUACCGGUACCACAAGUAAAUCAACAAUUUCUCAAAAGGCUAGGAUAGCAGAGUACACUUAAGGACAACUGUGGAAUGCAAUACGGAACUAGCUUAGGUCAUCCAGAAACUGCCUUCGAUAUUGACUGGAAGGUCUACGUACAGUAUCGGACAAUAAAAAUGCACCAAAGCCGUUUUCCCAUACAAACUAGUCAACUUUGGAUUGCCAUAUCUCAGUUAUUUCUCAACCGAUUGUUUUCAUUUUUUUGUGACGAACUACAAAACAUGUCAAUUCUUAAAAACUAUUGAAAAAGUUCGGGGAUAACUAUUGAUACAAAAGUUACAGAUAGGUUGAAUUUUGACAAUAAAAAUGCACCAAGAUAAAACAAUUAAUAACAAAAAAUGGUUACGUCAUAACAUUAUGGUGUCUUCGGCAAAUAUGUU